GGACCAAGAACCGGAGUUACGGUGGACUCCGUUUGACUUGUCCAAACUCUCGAGUUCCAAGACUCGGUAGGGGGAGACCGUCAAGAAGGAGCCGAAAGCUUUCGAAUAGCCUAAACUACUGGUUCGGAGCCGUCUCCCGCGUGCCGUCUCGGAAGCGAAUGGAUGUAAUAAUAAAGUACUCCCCUCUCUCUUGACCAAUUCUCUAAGUCGUUAUCUAUUAUUGGAGAAGCCUUGCCGGUCAUAGCAGACCCGACCGAAUUAUCAAGAUGUUCUACGAGAAGUCAUACAUAUUUUCCGCAUCGAAAUGCAGGGGGAAUCUAGUCUCCACGCUCAUCCACGGAUUUGUAGACAUUUUCAUCCAUUUCUACGAAUAUAUCAUUGCCGUCACAAUGAUUCGGCUGCGUUGGAUACCAUCAUCGAAGCGCCAACUGCUCGAAGCUGAGAGAAGGGUACUCGCAUACGUCGAAAAACCAUGUGAAGUUCUGGAUGUGGAAAUUGGUAGCCUCGGGGACGUGCAAAAUUGCAGGAUCCACUCAAUCAAGGUUGCUUCGAGCGGCCCAACGGAAAACCUCCCCCUCGUGCUGGUUCCAGGUCUGGGCUGCGGCGGAGUUUUCUUUGUAUCCAUCCUCAACGCCCUAUCAGAGAGACGCGACGUUUACGCGAUCGAUCUGAUCGGGUUCGGCUCGAGUUCGAGAGCCAGGUUGAGCUCCGACGCCAAAACUGCCGAAGAACUGAUGGUUGAAGCCGUCGAGAGAUGGAGGCGAAAAAUGGACUUCGAGCAAAUGCUUCUCUUGGGUCAUUCGCUCGGUGGCUUCAUAUCAUCAGCUUACGCCUUGAGGUAUCCAUCAAGAAUCAAACAUCUGAUUCUGGAGGAUCCAUGGGGUUUCGCCGAAUUCGACCCAGAGGAAAGGAGCAAGCUCUCCCUGUACGAGAGAUCUUUCCAGAGAAUGUUGCUGCACGUAAACGCGUUGGCAGGCCUCCGCGCCUCUGGACCAAUCGGUCAGUACCUGGUGAGGAGAACAAUGAAUGAAAGACACCCAUACAUGAGGAAGUAUUUUCCUGACGCUCCCGAUACGAUGUCGGACUAUUUCUUCCACUCCAAUGUGAGACGUCCUACCGGAGAGGAGUUCCUCCGGAAGCUCUGCGAAAACUUCCCCUUCCCGAAAUACCCUCUGAUAAAGCGCAUGCGAGAGCUUUCGGAAGAAGUCGGAGUGACCUUCAUCCACGCGACUGGAUCAUUCAUACCUCGGACACCUAGUGAAACGCUUCAACGUCUACGUGGAGAAGAUAACACUAAAAUUCGCGUAAUCGAAGGAGUCGGCCACACAAUGCACCUCGAGAAGCCCGACGAAUUCAGCGAAAUCGUUCUCGACGUUCUUUCCCAGAUAGGAGAGAAUCGACAAUGACAAGGCCACGAUCGCGGGAUCCUCAAUUCUAGUCAUAACCGGAACGCAUACGUUGGACAUCUCGCGACACAAUCGGAGUGGGUCUGAUGCGGGGUUUGCGUCGGGUCUGAAAAUAAAGAUUCGAUUCUCCUGAUUCCAA